GCCCGCAGGAAGAGGAAGGUAGCAGCCCGGGGGUGGGGGUGCCCAGUGAACCCCCCCACCAGGGUACUCUCUCCAUCUCCUAGAACCCCGGUGGUCCCCACUUUGCUGGCAUUUCAGGCAGAAAAGUUCUGUGCUGCCGAGAAGCCAGCGUUCAGGAAGGGAGUUAGCGGGGAGGAGGGCGGCCUUGGUUUGGGAUUUGUGGGUGUCAAGGCCGCAUCUGCGCCAGCCUCCGAGUCUGGAGUGGGUGGAGGAGCCAGGCGGACUGCAGACACACCCAGCCAGCCCACCCUGCCCGGGACCUGGGGAUGCGGGGCGCGGGAGCGCGGCUGCCCUCUGGGCCGUCUGCAAAGUGGGGCGAGGGGCCGUCCCUGGACCGGCUCCUCUCUGCUCCGGGCGGUCGGGUGCGUGCGGGCGCUCCGGGGAGGCUGCGGGCGCCACCGAGAGGACAGCCGCAGCCUCGAAGGAGCCCUGGGGACAGCCCGCCCCAUCCCCCCGACGGGUUCGGGCCAGGUGGCAGCGCCCGGGCUCGUCGCGCGGAGGCGGCGGCUUCCCUGGCCAGGGGCGGCGGCAGGGGCGGCCCUGGGAUCACAUGGGCGGAGGCAGGUCCCGGAGCCCCGGGCGGGCUCUCCCCAGAGUCGGGCAGACGGCAGCAGGAGCGACAUCGUCUCCUUGCCCUCCCUCCCUCCCCGGCCUGGGCGCCCAGCCCGACAGGUGAGCGGCAGCCAGGUGAGCGGGCCCACCUGCGCCCCUCCGCGCGGCCCGCCCUUCCCGGCGCCGGGCCCGUCCCCGCGCCACUCUCGGCGCGGGACCCCGGCCUCGUCCGCGGCCAGGCUCCCUGCAGCCUCGCCUCCGCGGGGGCGCCCCGGCGGGCUGCGCUCUCCUCGGCCCGCGCGCUCCUUCUCCAGCCUUCGACCCGCACGGUACUUUGCCCUCGGAGCGAAGGAGGCUCCAGAACUGGGAGAGCCGGGCCAUCGGGCUGGGCACCUCCCCGCGGCGCCCGCAGCGCGGAGUCCACUGACCGGCUCAAAGGUAUGGCGCUGACAGUGGAUGUGGCUGGGCCGGCUCCCUGGGGCUUCCGUAUCACAGGGGGCAGGGAUUUCCACACGCCCAUCAUGGUGACCAAGGUGGCUGAGCGGGGCAAAGCCAAGGCCGCUGACCUCCGGCCUGGAGACAUCAUUGUGGCCAUCAACGGGGAAAGUGCGGAAGGCAUGCUGCAUGCCGAGGCCCAGAGCAAGAUCCGCCAGAGCCCCUCACCCCUGCGGUUGCAGCUGGACCGGUCUCAGGCUGCAUCUCCAGGGCAGACCAAUGGGGACAGCUCCUUGGAAGUGUUGGCGACUCGCUUCCAGGGCUCCGUGAGGACACACACUGAGAGUCAGUCCUCCCUAAGGUCCUCCUACUCCAGCCCAACCUCCCUCAGCCCGAGGGCCAGCAGCCCCUUCUCCCCGCCACCCCCCAGCAGCCCCCUCACUGGAGAGGCAGCCAUCAGCCACAGUUUCCAGAGUCUGGUGUGUUCCCCAGGCCUCCCCACUGCUGACCGCCUGUCCUACUCGAACCGCCCCGGAAGCCAACAGGCUGGCCUCAGCCGAGCUGGCGACUCAGCGGUGCUGGUGCUGCCGCCUUCCCCGGGCCCUGGCCCUCGUUCGUCCAGGCCAAGCCCCAGCCAGGGACCCUCAUUCCUGGCUGCCUCCCGCUCCAGCGUGAACUCGGAAGGGGGCAGCCUUCUCCUGGACGAGGACUCGGAAGUCUUCAAGAUGCUGCAGGAAAAUCGUGAGGGACGGGUGGCCCCCCGACAGUCCAGCUCCUUUCGGCUCCUGCAGGAAGCCCUGGAGGCUGAGGAGAGAGGUGGCACGCCAGCCUUCCUGCCCAGCUCGCUGAGCCCACAGUCCUCCCUCCCCACCUCCAGGGCCCUGGCCCCCCCGCCCAAGCUCCAUACCUGUGAGAAGUGCAGCACCAGCAUCGCGAACCAGGCCGUACGCAUCCAGGAGGGCCGGUACCGCCACCCCGGCUGCUACACCUGCGCUGACUGUGGGCUGAACCUGAAGAUGCGAGGGCACUUCUGGGUGGGCGACGAGCUGUACUGUGAGAAGCAUGCCCGCCAGCGCUAUUCCGCACCCACCCCCCUCAGCUCUCGGGCCUGAGCCCGCCACGCCCUCAGCCUGCUGCACUGCCGGGCCAGGGUCGUGCCCAUACAAGUUGGCAUGGCAGGGGCAAUUGUGGGCGUCUGCUCUUACGUGAGCUAAGUUUGGGGACCUGAGGCCCCUUUGUCUUCACUGGGUGGGCCAAGGUCUGGGACCUGUCUUGGGCUGCGGGAGCCUCACCCUCACCCUGCUGGGACCCUCUCCCCUGCAGGACUGGCACUGUGCUAGUCUGAGGUGGCUGCUGCUUUUGAUCAACCUUUGUAUGCCAGGGUCUAAGCAGAGUGGAACACAGAAGUGGGAAGGAGAGAGGUGGGCCAGGGGCUGAUGGUGUCACUGUGUAAAGUUUUUGCCAUAUGAGCUCUAUAAAUGUAUGAACAUGGACAAAACAAAGUAGACGUCCCUUCCUUCUCUUU